UGAAUAAAUGGGCUUAUUGAAGCCCAAUUAUGUCCUUGGAAUAAUUAUUUUGAAACGCAAAAAUAAAACAAACUAAUUUACCACCGUCGUCGCUACCGCCGCCGCCGGUUGUCGGGAAAUGAUAGCAUGGAGGUCUCUGCUCAGAUUGAACUUUCACGUUCGUGAAACUACAAACACUUAUGCAAAAUCGAAGCCCUUGCUGGACUUCCAGAAACCCAAGUUUUGGCAUGGUUUUAGCUGUGAGUUGAAUAUGGAUGCUAGAAAUGGAAGGGGAAAUGUGAAUGAUCGGAAAAAGCAAAAAAAUGUCAGGCAAACAUGGAGAGCAGUGUCUUCUCAGCCCGAUUGCUCUGAGGGUGAUGGUGAAAGUGUGAUGGUACAAAAUCGACAGGAAGAAGUGUGUCACGGUACUUCUUCGACUGUCUCAAUUGCUGAAUGUGGAAAUAGUAAUAUUGGAGUCUUGGAUGAGCCAGUUGGUCUAGAUACAGGCCUCGUAACAGAAGGUGGCAAGAUUGAUGAAUCACUACAUGAAAACUUUGCUCCUCCUAAGAAACAUUCAUUAUCUGUGGAGAUAGGAGCAUCCUUAAUGCGGUUCAUCAAAGGGAAAGGGGGAAGUACUCAGGAGAAAAUUGAGGUGGAGACUGGAGUUAAAAUUAUAUUUCCAUCGUCUAAAAAAGAUGAUUUGAUCGUCCUUGAAGGCAACUCAGCUGAAAGUAUUACUCAAGCAUCUGAGAAGAUCCAAACUAUUAUUGAUAAGGCUGUUAAUAGUCGAGAACUUGACUAUUCUCACUUCGUAUCGCUUCCUUUGGCUAUUCAUCCUGGACUACUUGACAAACUUGUCAAUUUUCAAAAUACAAUACUUAGAAUGACGGCUGAUGAUAAAGAUAAAAAUAAGGACAAUGAUACAGGUGGAGAUACUGUAGAUGAGGAAGAGGAAGAAAAUCAUUCUACAGCUCCCAAGGUCUCUGUUGAAUUGAAAGUGGAAAAAGCUGAUGCUAAUAUCGAAGAAAAUGUAAACAAUAACCAAUGUCCAACAGAAACACCUGUAGUUGCUGAAGUCAAAGCUGUUGGUACUGAUAGACAUGUCAGGGUAAAUGUAACGAGCAUUCCUCUUGUCAGUUACCCUCCUAAAGAGUCAAAGGCAACCAGUUCUUCUAAAAUGAUAGAUCACCUCUUACAUGCAGAUUUGGGAAUUGAGAAGUCCAUAUUUAUUAAACCAACAACCUUUCACCUAACUGUUCUCAUGCUGAAGCUAUGGAAUAAGGAGCGGGUUAAAACAGCUACAGAGGUUUUGCAGAGCGUCUCAUCAAAAGUAAUGGAUGCUUUAGAGAACCGGCCAGUUUUGAUCAGACUUAAGGGACUGGACUUCAUGAGAGGCUCUAAGGCCAAGGCUUUUGUUCUUUAUGCUCCCGUAGAAGAAAUUGGUGGCGAGGGACGACUUUUGCGUGCUUGUCAAGUCAUCAUUGAUGCAUUCGUUGACGCUGGCUUGGUCAUUGGAAAAGAUGCGGAACAGUUGAAGUUGCACGCCACCCUUAUGAAUGCGCGUCACAGGAAAAGAAAGACGAGAAGUAAAAAGGUGGACCCGUUUGAUGCGAGAGGCAUUUUCAAACUCUAUGGUAGCGAGGAUUGGGGCGAGUAUGCUAUACGCGAAGCUCAUCUAUCUCAAAGGUUUGCAUUCGAUGAGAAUGGCUACUAUCAUUGCUGUGCUACAAUUCCUUUCCCCCAAAACAUGCGUGUAGAUUGAUCCAUUCACCUUUGAGAUUUUACAGUUACCAAGCAAAUUUACCCUAGUUUGUACUACAAUUUCUGUUCUUGAAUUUACCGUAAUUCACCUUUUAAGAAUAAAAUCUGUAGCCUGAAGCAAAUUUACCGUGGUUUGUACUGCAAUUUACCGUAA